GUGUCUCCCGGAGCUUGCCGGUCGGGCUCCGCCGCCCUGCCCUCCCGUUCACAGUACACUCUCAGUCCAGUCCUUCAGCUCCGGGGCCGCUAACAAACUCAGCCCGCGGACACCGCAGCUCACCGGCAGCUCUGCGCCCGUUAGAGCGUUUACUGAGUACCGGAGGAGGAGGGACGCCCGCAGACUUUCCGACGGAACAGAACUCCGCGGACUGCGUCCAUGCUGAGCCGCACACAGGUGCUCGCCGUGGUCUGUCCAGGAUGAGCCUGCUGGGCGUUCGGAGGAGGCUGCUGUGUGCGGCCGUGAAGCCGCCCUGCUCCCUCUGCUGCUCCCUGUGGUUCCUCCUGCUGCUGGGAGCCGGAUCGCUGCUGCUGCUCGCCCGCCUGCAGAACCUCACCGAGCCGGUCCUCCAGCGGCGCCCAGGUGUGCAGGUGCUGGUGGCUCCCAGGCGGCCUUCACAGAAGGAAGCCGACGAUGCGGCAGGACGUCGUCCUGUCUCUCCGCCCGCUCUCCGUCCCCAGCCACUGUCCUCCUCGCUAUUCUCUGACUCACCGCUCGGCUCAAAGCAGCCGCUCACUAAACGCCGCAGGAAGUUGCUGCUGAAGAGCAGCGUGGCGGCGUCCAGCUCCCCCACGGGCCAAGUAGAGGUGGCGCUGCAGCUGCCGAGGAUGCAGGAGUCACGGCACCGCCUGCUAACAGAUAUCUGUGCCCAAUACCAGCCGGGAGUGGAUAGGCGGCCGCCGUCGCAGCGGCAGGUGUCGCGGGUGUACGUGGAGGAGUGGUCCCGGCUGCUGUACUGCGAGGUGCCCAAAGCUGGCUGCUCCAACUGGAAGCGGGUGCUGAUGGUGCUGAGCGGCAGCGCCGCGUCCACACGGGACAUUCCCCACGACGCGGCGCAUUACGAAAACCGCCUCCCGCGGCUCAGCGGCUACAGUCGUGCUGGCGUUACCGAGCGGCUUCGCUCCUACACCAAAGCGCUGUUCGUCCGGGAGCCUUUUGAGCGCCUCGUGUCAGCGUUUCGGGACAAGUUUGAGAGCCCCAACUCAUACUACCACCCCGUGUUUGGACGGGCCAUCAUCUCCAGGUACCGAGCCAACGCCACACAUGCUGCACUGCGCUCUGGCGCCGGUGUGACCUUCAGGGAGUUUGUGCAGUACCUGCUGGAUGUGCGGCGGCCCGUGGGGAUGGACAUCCACUGGGAGCCGGUGAGCCAGCUGUGCAGCCCAUGCUUCCUGCAGUUCACCUUCAUCGGGAAGUUCGAGAGCCUGGAGCGUGACGCCAACUUCCUGCUCCGAAGCAUCGGGGCACCGGCUAACCUCACGUUCCCGGACUUCAAGGACAGGAACCCACUGGCGGAGAGGACAUCCUCCAGGAUCACGCAGAAGUACUUCUCACAGCUCAACGCCACCGAGCGGCAGAAGGUCUUCGACUUCUACUACAUGGACUACCUGAUGUUCGGGUACCCCAAGCCCUUCAGCGACCUGCACUGAGCCACUGCCGCGCUCAGCAUGUUUGGCUCUGUUAACGUGUCAGAGGGGUGGGACAAGCUGAGGCUGCGUACCUGUGCAGGUGUGAGAGCUCCAGACUCGGAGACUGAUUUUUGUGUUUGUGUGUUUUUAACGACUUCUGUGAAGUUUGUUGAGCCGCGUCCUGCAGAGAGAAGCUGUCAGAUAACGGCGGGAAUCACAUGGAUGCUUCCGGGCUCAGACGCCGUGAUGUCACACAUUGACAACUUUGAGUCAAUUGCUUGCGACGUUGAGGCAUCAGCCAAUCAGAUCGCAUUUAGCCAAAUCUGCUCCAAACGCAGCUGUUGGCGAAAGAAGCUGAGGUGGUCUGCACAAUUGCGGAGGAGGAUGAGGAGAUGAGCCGAUGUGACCUCUGACCUCGGCGUUGUGGCAAAGACACGGUCGAGAUGCUGUUUAAUAAUUUUUUUAAAUCAGUGAAUCAGGCACAAAAAUAUAAAAAUGUUUUUCACAAAAAUGUCAUUUUAUUAUUUAACCCGACAUUAUGACAGCGAACAGGAAGUAUGAUGCUGCGGACUGACCGAGCUCUGGAUUAUUUUAAUAAAGACCUUAAAUCUGCUCGGGUGGAGGAGUGGCUCAGUUGAUCAUUUAUGUACAGUCUGUUUAAAGCAGGAACAGGAAGUGAGGUAGGAGGUGAUGCUGCAAAUGUGUUUGUGGUGAUUUUCAGACGACCUCGAAGCCUUAACACUGCCUUCUCACCUGUGACCACAAUAAACGAGACACUCUUUGAA